UUUGUCCCUCGUCGAAAACAUUCCGGCUUGCAAAAGAAGGAGGUGACAUGUAACAAGCAGGUGUCGGGCAAGCAGCAGUGGCUCCCCUUUUACGUCUUGACUUGUCGAUGUCGACUUCGUGCGAAUAAACGCGAAUAUGCGCCCGCAGAUGUGGUGGAGCGCCACGGCCGCGGCGGUCGCUGCCAGGAGGAUGCGGACGAUUUUGGGCGCCGUGUUGGGGAAAGACGGCUGGAUGUGGAGGAGCCACGAGGUCAAACUUGUCAGCACGUCCUCGGGUGAGACGGUGAAGAUUGGAGAUAUUUCUUACAAACUCAAAACGCCACGCAACCCCGAACUGGUUCCUGUCAAACACAUUUCAGACUUCCUGCCCCAGGCUGUGGCGCAGCACCUGCGAUGGAUCAUGCAGAAAGACCUCUUGGGUCAGGAUGUGUUUCUCAUCGGACCCCCGGGACCCUUGAGGAGAACCAUAGCGAUGCAAUACCUUGAGUUGACCAAACGGGAAGUGGAGUAUGUCGCUCUGUCCAGGGACACCACAGAGACCGAUUUGAAACAGAGGAGAGAGAUCCGGGCCGGGACAGCUUUCUACGUGGAUCAGUGCGCCGUCCGGGCAGCCACUCGAGGGCGCGUUCUGCUUCUGGAGGGUCUGGAGAAGGCCGAGAGGAACGUUCUGCCUGUCCUCAACAACCUGCUGGAGAACCGAGAGAUGCAGCUGGAGGACGGACGCUUCCUCAUGGCAGCCGAGCGCUAUGACAAGCUGCUGCAGGAGCACACAAAAGAGGAGCUCGACGACUGCAAGAUCAUCCGCGUAAGCGAGGACUUUCGGGUCAUCGCCCUCGGUCUUCCUGUGCCCAAAUACAAAGGCAACCCGCUGGAUCCUCCCCUCCGCUCUCGCUUCCAGGCCCGAGACGUCUAUUACCUCCCAUUUAAGGACCAGUUGGAGCUGUUGUACGCGGCAGCGCCAAACAUAGCGGCACAGAGGGUGUCCCAACUGCUGUCGCUUGCUACCACACUGUGCUCCCAGGAAUCAGCCAACCUGGGUCUUCCUGACUUUCCCAUGGACAACCUCCUUCAGGGCAUUAAUGUACUGAAUGUUUUCCCCACGAUGUCCUCGCAGCAGCUGGUCCAGAGACUUUACCCAUACCAUAGUAUGUUGGGCAAGGACGGGCGCAGCGCUGUGGAGACUGUGCUCAGUAAAUUUGAGCUUCUGGACAGCCACAGCAACAGCGACACAUCGAGCAGCGCCGUCGUCAGCGUGUCCAGGACCGCUGGCGUGGAGGGCUACGCGGACGUCACCUUGCGUGUUGCACAGAAAGACGUUACAUUUCAGGUCCCCGCGGGCACCAAGGAGCCGCGGGCACCCGACUGCGGCCGCGCCUUCGUCAGCACCCCCAGCCACUCGCAGCUGAUUGCUGACAUGAUGCAGUCGCAUAUGGUGAAGGACGUGUGUCUCAUAGGAACCAAGGGUUGCGGCAAGUCAGUGGUUGCCAGAGAGUUUGCUGAGAUGUUGGGUUACAGUUUAGAGCCUGUCAUGCUCUACCAGGACAUGACAGCCAGGGACCUCCUCCAGCAGAGGUUCACUCUCCCCAGCGGCGACACGGCGUGGCGUCCGUCGCCGCUGGUCACCGCCGCCUUGGAAGGCAAGCUGCUGCUGCUGGACGGUAUACACAGGGUCAACCUGGGAACGCUGGCCGUCCUUUCCAGGUUACUUCAUGACCGGGAGCUGGAUCUGUACGAUGGCACCAGGCUGCUGAGGUGGGACAGAUACCAGGCACUGAAGGAGGAACAGAACUUGACCGACCAGCAACUUCAAGAGAGGUCAAUCUUCGCCAUCCACCCGUCGUUCCGUGUGCUCGCCCUUGCCGAGCCCUCGCUAGUGGGCGGCGGCGGCGGCGACGGCGCCGAAGGUCAGCAGUGGCUGGGUCCCGAAUUGCUCACCAUGUUCCUGUACCACACUGUCAGUCCGCUGGCCCGAGCCGAGGAGCUGGACCUCCUGCGAGGGCUGUCUCCUAAUGUUCCGACGGAGGCUGCCGAACAGCUACUGCUCCUCACACACACACUGCAACAGACAAAUGACCCCACGGCCCAGUCUCUGGCCUCCUCCCUCUCCAGCAGACAGCUGCUGCGGAUCUGUCGCCGGCUCUCUCGCUACCCUGAGGAGAGCGUCGCCCACGCCGUCAACAAGGCCUGCCUCUCCAGAUUUCUUCCCAGCUUGGCCCGCGGCUCGCUCCAGAAAAGCCUCGCCAACUGCGCCAUACAUGAGACUCCGGGCGGCGAACACACACGUGACUUCACUUGUAUGGUCAGAGAUGGAGUGCUGACUAUCGGCAAAGUGUCUGCUCCCGUCAACAAGCCCAACGAGAAAAUGAAGGUUCCAGAUGUGCUCUUCUAUGAUAAUCCCCAGCACAUGCGGGUGAUGGAGGACAUGUUAAAAGACUUUCUUUUGGGAGAACACCUCCUCUUGGUAGGGAACCAGGGUGUGGGAAAGAACAAAAUAGCGGACCGGUUCCUGCACCUUCUGAACCGGCCCAGAGAAUACCUACAACUGCACAGGGAUACGACCGUGCAGACGCUGACGCUGCAGCCUUCAGUCCGAGAUGGUGUCAUCACGUACGAAGACUCGCCGCUGGUCAAAGCCGUGAAGGCGGGACACAUUUUGGUGAUCGACGAGGCCGACAAAGCUCCCACCAACGUCACCUGCAUCCUCAAAACGCUGGUGGAGAGCGGAGAGAUGAUUCUGGCCGACGGACGCAGAAUUAUCUCCGAUCCACUGGAAGCCAAGGGGAGGCCCAACACCGUCGUCAUGCACCCAGACUUCAGGAUGAUGGUGCUGGCCAACCGGCCGGGCUUUCCCUUCCUGGGCAACGACUUCUUUGGAGCUCUAGGCGACAUCUUCAGCUGCCACGCCGUGGACAACCCCGAGCCCCGGGCCGAGCUCGCCAUGUUGAAGCGCUACGGCCCCGACGUUCCCGACGCGACUCUGGAGAAGCUGGUCGCCGCCUUCGGAGAGCUCCGCUCCAUGGCCGACCAGGGCGCCAUUGCCUACCCGUACUCGACUCGCGAGGUGGUUAACAUUGUCAAGCAUCUCCAGAAAUUCCCCAACGAGGGUCUAGCCAACGUGGUGCGGAACGUCUUCGACUUCGACUCGUACAACAAAGACGCACGCGACGUCCUGAUGGAGGCGCUGCACAAGCACGGCAUCCCCGUCGGAGCCAAGCCCGACUCCGUCCAACUGGCCAAGGAGUUGCCUCUGCCAGAGGCCAAGUUGACUGGGUUCUGGACGAUAAACCCAACAGGCAACGCCCGGCACAAACUGCUGUGUCCCUCUGAGACGCAUCGCAUUGACGUCAAGGGCCCCGUCUACCUGCGUGUUCAGGCUUAUCCUUGCAACAGGCGGGAAAGCCGGGCGUCGAGUUUCAACGAGGAAAAAGCCAGCUGGCAGAUCCCCAUCGACCAAGUCAACAUCAUCUGCGAUGUCGUCACCAAAGACGACACUCUGUACGUGGCCACAUGUAACCCGGUGACGCUUUACUCCAUGAAGGAGAGCGGAGAAACCAUUCGGUGCGUGGAGCUUCACGACGUCUUCCCCGGAACCAUCAGCGGCGUGUGGCAGCCUUUUGUCACCGUGGCCUCCCUGGGAGGUCCGUUGGAUGGGCAGGCGGUGCUGCACGAGCAACAGAGUAACACGGUGCUCCACGUGGACGUGGCCACGGGCGCAGUGCGGCGGCUCGUCAUGUCAGCGGACGGCGAGCGGACCCCCGGCAGAGCUUCUCAUUGGUGGAGCGGUAAAGAAGCGCAGGGAGAGUAUAAAAUGUGCCGCGACUUCGCCCACAAGAACUGGCUCCUCUUCUACAAGGAAGACGGCAACCGGCUGGAGGUGCUGGAUGUGCUGGAGGGCCGGGUUCACGCCAUCUCCCUGCCCGUCAACCUCAAGUCGGUCUUCCUGGUGGCGGAGGACCGCUGGCUGCUGUUGGAGAGCAAGACCGACAAGAAGUUCCUGCUGACCAAGCCCACGCGCACGGCGGCCGAGGAAUCGGGCGUGUGUCGGCUGCACGGCGUCGACGAGGACGGCGUCAGCUCGGGCCAAGGGGCCGCCGGCGCGGGCGAUCGGUCCGUGCCCCAGAUGCUGUCACGCGAUCAGCUUCCCGACGAGCAUCUCAGCGCCGCUCUCGGCCAGAAGAUCGUCUCCCCGAAUCGCGUCAUGGCCGACGCCGGCACUUUUGCGCGAAUCGUCGUGGGCUUCCCGGAGCUCACGUCUCCCAACGAGGUGUACAGCUUUCAGAGGACGGUCGACCUAUCACAGAUGGAGGCCCGCGCGUUCCCGCGAGGUGGUCUGCGGACCACUGCGGCCAAACAGAGCAACUGUGUGAGUCUGCUGUCGGCCGGUCAGGUGGUCCGGGCCCUUCCGCCGAGCGAGGUGCCCCUGAAGCAGCUCUACCCCGAAGGUGUCGGCCCUCCGACGGCAGCGGCCUACCUGGAAGUGACGGAUCUCAACUCUAAAAAAGUCAAAUAUAUUCCUGUCCCCGGGUCGACGUCGGCGUCGCCCUACGCUAACUGGCUGUCCAAGGUGUCCGAGACAGACGUGCUGAUGGCGCCGCUCGCCUCGGGCGGCGUGGUCACGGUGGACGCGGGCGGCCGCGCGCGGCUCUGGGAGACGGGGACCGACGCGCUGCGCCGAUCGUUGACGGAGUGGAGGAAGAUGAUCGGCUCCGAGGACGGCCGGCCCGUGCAGAUUACCGUCCAGAGGGACAGCGGUCUGGACGUUUCCGCUCCGAAACACGGCAAGGUGGAUACUACCGAUGCGCCCCACGUGGGCGGAAACCAGUGGGCGGGCGGCACAGGAGGUCGAGACACCGCCGGUCUGGGCGGGAAAGGGGGCCCGUACCGCUUGGAUGCGGGACACAAGGUGUUCCAGGUUUCCCAGGCGGAGAAGGACGCCGUGCCCGAGCAUGUCCGCAGAGCUGCGCGAGAAAUGGCGGAAAAAGCCUUCAGAGACAGGCUGAAGGAGAUCGAUAUGAGCGAGUACGACGCCACCACCUACGAGCGAUUCUCCAGCGCUGUCCGGAAACAAGUUCAGUCCCUGCGCAUUAUCUUGGACGCUUUGCAGGCCAAAGCCAAGGAGCGCCAGUGGCUGAAGAACCAAGCUCUGGGCGAACUGGACGACGCCAAAAUCAUCGACGGCCUCACCGGCGAAAGGGCCAUUUAUAAACGCAGGGGAGAACUGGACCCCGAGCCCGGCACGCCCCAGCAAAAACCCAAACGUCUGCGGGUGCUCGUCGACGUGUCGGGGAGCAUGUACCGCUUCAACGGCGUGGACGGCCGCCUGGAGCGCUCCAUGGAGGCCGUGUGUAUGGUCAUGGAGGCUCUGGAAAGCUACGAACACAAGUUCAAGUACGACAUCACGGGCCACUCGGGCGACGGCUAUGACAUCGAACUGGUCCGAGCGGACAAAGUCCCCAAGAACAACAAGCAGAGGCUCCAAGUUAUCAAGACCAUGCACGCCCACUCUCAGUUCUGCAUGAGCGGCGAUCACACGCUGGAGGGCACGGCGGCCAGCGUCGAGGAGCUGGCGCGGGAGGAGGCCGACGAGCGCUUCGUGGUGGUGCUGAGCGACGCCAACCUGGAGCGCUACGGCAUCGGACCCGAGCGCUUCGCCCGGGUCCUCGUCUCGGACCCCCGGGUCAACGCCUUCGCCGUUUUCAUCGGCUCUCUGGGCGAUCAGGCCGAAAGACUCCAGCAGAGCCUUCCGGCCGGGAGGUCCUUCGUUGCUAUGGAUACCAAGCAGAUCCCCCAAAUACUGCAGCAGAUCUUCACAUCCAGCUUGCUGGUCGGGGUCUGACGGUGCCUCCGACUGAUCGCACGCGCACACGCACACGCACACACACACACACACAUCCAUCCCCACUUUCCUGCCGACUAUUUUGUUGACUGGGAACGGGUGAGGAACGCCCCACCUGAGUGCGGUCGAGCCCCCGCGGCGUCCGCGUCGACGACGGUCAUGUCGGUCCUGCGAGGAACCGGAGAUCCUAUUUCGUGGGCAGACCUCCCGCUCUGUCGCUGUGACGUCAACUUUUCAGUGGCAUUUGGAUGCAAAUAAAACAUUUAUGGAUUAAGCUCUGAACAAAAAAAGCAACGUUACCGUCUGAUGUGCUUUUCAUGUCACACAGCAGCGUAUUCAUUAUAAAAGUAGCUUUUCUGAGCAUGUCACUCGUUGCUAGGCAGAGUUUGUCACAACCCGGUCUAGCAUUUUCUGUAGCGCUUGUCCUCGCGAGGAUCGCGGCCGAGCUGGAUCCUAACCGGGCGACUUCGGGCGAGAGGCGGGGUGCAACCUUUACCGGUCGCCAGUCAAUCGCAGGACUCGUAUAGACGAGCGACCGUUCGCUGUCGCAUUCAUGCCUUCGGACAUUUUUGAGUGCUUGUUGCCAGACGGAGAGAGAGAGAGAAAAAAAAAGGCAUUUAUGCUGUUUGCCGGCUGACCCACAUCACGGAGAAAGGACAAGGAAGACAAAAACAGAACGUUUAUUGACGCACGUGAACUUUGAACUUGACCCGCUGCUCUGCAUUCAACGGAGCGUUUUGACCACAGCGGUGUCUGGCCGACGCACUCGCCCGAAAGCGCAAUCGGCGUUUGGCGGACUGAGCGGAUCGCUGGAACCGCACGAGCUUCCGUUGAUUUGACCUCAUCAAAUGUUUUGGGACAAUUUCAGCAUUUAAAGACCCCCAAAAGUUAACGAGCCAGACAAUAAAUGAAUGGAUACACAAAU